AGAGGGCUACAUUGACAGCAGUUGCUUGUACGAAAUGCUGCCUCACGAGUACAGAUCGUCCGAGACUCACCAGCUAAAUGCUUUGCCCUUCUUUACAACUAUUGUAGCCCGGGAUGCUGCUCUCACCGCCAUUGUUUCCUGUAUAUCAAACGACGGCGGUGCCAUCCACAAAAUGUGAUGAAAGGUCCCAAAGGUGAUUGCAGAAGUUGAACAACAAAGACUAGUAUGUGCGACAAGUCGCGUUCGCCUUCCGCGGCACCCAGGGUGGCCCAGCCACACCUUCUGGACAGCCUAUGGAGCGUGCCUUUGAUCACAGCCGCCGCGGCGUUCCUGAGUACGGUGGGCGUGUCCAACCACGGAUUCUUCUACGUCGUGUACAUGCGCCACUACGGAGCAACACGGAAGGAAGCGUCCUGGCCCGCCAGUAUUCAUUCCAUUGCCUGCCACGUGAUAGGUCUCGUUCUCGCUGCUCUACAAAGAACUGUAUCAGUUCACAACCUCACACUGAUGGGUGGCUUAUUUUCUUGGAUGGGCUUCGUACUGUCCGCAUUCGCUCCUAAUAUCCAAGCAAUAUCUGUAACCAUGGGAGUAAUUUACGCUAUGGGCUCCGGGACCAUGGUGAUAAUGCUAUCGGUUUACAACAUUACCUACUUCAUGAAGUAUCGAGGAGUGGCCACUGGUUUCAAGUUUGUUGGCUGGUCCCUGUCGGGUUUGGUGUUCCCUCCUAUACUGACCAUCCUCUUCAAUACUUACGGCUUCCAAGGCGGCAUGCUGCUGCUCGGCGGGAUAGUUAUGAAUGUCAUGGUCUUCAUUAUGCUCCUAAGCAAUCCGAGAGCCAUACGCUGCUGCACCACUGCAAGGAGGAAAAUCAGCCGCCAACUUCUACUUACUGUGGCGAAAAAUGUGUGUGACGCAGAAACAGUGUUUCAACUACCCGUGGAAAUCGAAGUCAAGGCGAGUGGCCAGUCGCAAGGCGAGCCGUCCGAGACUCCGAGUUUAUGCACAGAGUCGCUCUGCGCAGCUUUCGCGCCUCUGAAGGCCCCGAUCUUUUAUGCUUUCCUUCCGUCGUUUGUGCUGUGUGACUACGGCGACAUGCUUCUGUCGACGACCAUCGUGGACUAUGCUAUAGACAAAGGAUUGACAGUCUCCCAGGCCAAGCAGAUGAUCAUAUGCAUCUCGUUGGCGGGGCUCCUCGGGAGGCUGCUUUUACCACUGGCAGCGGACCGGGGCUACCUGAGCCGUAGCGCACUGGUGGCGCUGUGCUACGUGUUCAUAACGCUAGCCUGCUUGGCGUUGCCCCACGUCCACUCGGUUGCAGGCGUCUGGAUGGUGUGCUUCGUGGCUGCGGCGCAGUUUGGUUGCCUUCUGACCAUGAAAGGUGUCUUAGUGGCGGACUACCUUGGCAUCGAAUACAUUGCGGCGGCCAUAGGCGUCACCGGAGUUGCGAUGCUACCUCUGCUGCUGGGAAACCCUGCGAUCAUAGGUUACUUUCGGGACACAAUGGGCUCGUAUGACAACCUGUUCCGGUCAUUUGCAGCCCUGGCCUGCCUCGUGGCUAUGAUGCUUCUGGGCCUCGUGUGCCACGAAAGGACAAGCAACAAGUUCCUGCGUCGGGACAAUAGCUCCGGCCACGUCAACUACGGAGCCACCAUAUAGCGGCAGUAUACGGGCGCCACCACCAACGUUCUGUGGCCGUACUCGCUAACGUCUGUUAUACACCGCACCACAUGUCCACACACAAGCCAAGGGAACGCUGUUCUUGAUCACUUAAGGAAGUGGUUUUGCGUAUUUAGAGGCGUGAAAUAGUGGGUAACCAAAGCAUUAAGCUUGAUAUUGCUACCAUCUUGUCUUCUAAGGAAAGGCAAUUCCACACCUGUUCACUACCUCCAGUGGUGUCCGCGGCAGCUGCCUUUUAAAAGUAUAAUGGUAUCGAUACUAAAACUAUCACUGAAAAUCCCAUGACGUCGUAUGUUGAUUGUGAUCAUUCGUGUGACGACACUUUCGUGGUUGUAUUGAUCCACUAGGCAAAAAGAGCAAAGCGCAGCAUGGUAUUCUGUUCGAGCACGUCCACUGGGAAAGCAACGCCGACUACUGAGGUAACCACCAUUAUUUUCAUGCUUGUAUUUGCCACCGAGACUAUAAGACCGUUCAACAGGCAAAUAUAUUCCACGGAUCUCGAAAUACUUGUGCCAAGUGCAGCAAACAACGUCAAUCAGCACCCACAGCACUAUUCUGACAAUAGGUAACAACAUGCGGCCGCACUGGGGACCUUGUGCGAUGUCGCUAACCUCCGUGGUAUGUGAGUGUGCUUCCACGUUCCGCUGGAAAUAGAAAUGGCGGGUGGCACAAUCUAAAACACUGACAAGACCACUUCCAACGCUCACACAAGCAAGUUACAGAUGAAGGUGGUACACCACAAAUACGAAGCUUCUGACACGUUUCUCACAUGUCGUGUGAGGCUUCCAUUCAUAGGCCAAUCACUUUCGUCGAAUAUCAAGGUGGGCUGGUUUCCCUACGCGGCUUUUCGUUCCGUGAUAAGGCAGCUCCCGAGCCAGAAAUGCUCAAUGCUUGGCCAUGGGAGCCGGGUGCCGGCAAGUAUGUCAGCGUGCUGCUGCUGCGGUGAGCCACCAGAACAGUUUUGCCUUCAGAACUAUUGCUUAGAGGUGCUCCCACUUCUUCAAAUCCCGGGUGGUAUCUUCUAGCGUCCCCGCAUCGAGCACGAAAUAACUAUCGGGAAUCGGAUUCUGUGGCAUCACUCGUCUCACACAGCAGCUUACGAAUUACUAGUAAUAGCCACCUACGCGCUACGUACACGUGUACGAAAGACGACAGCAGGCUCUACGACACGCGCCCUACAUCCGCAUUAACUCCUCAUUCGCCACCCAGGCCAAACAGGCUUGAUUACAAUGACAACAAAGCUAUGUAGAGUUACGAUGAUUAAAAUACGAACUCUGGUUCUUGGUCUUCAAUUUUAAGGGGGUUAUCUGUCCUCUUAAUUACAAGAAACAUCGACUGCUCCGUCUGCUGUGCAAAUAGUAAGUCCAGCAAGACCGCUAGGUUGUCGUCAUGCUGCAGUCACAAAUUAGUGCACUUCCGAUGCUGCUGACAAGGCUGAAGAUAACAUCCCCUGGAAGCACAUAGCAAGUAAGUUACACCAUUAUACCUGUUCGCGGAAGCGUUCUGUGGACAAAAUCACUCCCCCAUUGUGACCAUUUUACGCAUUAGAAAGAGCGUCGACAUUCCAGUGGAAUGUCAUUUUCCUCUGGUCUCUAAUUUCGUGCUUAUGCCAAUAUCGUUCAGAUAUUUACACGUUACGAAAAAAAGUAACUUAUGCAAUCAAAAAUACUUAUUUCUAAAAUGCAAUUUGUUAGUGGCGACCUAAUACGCCACGAAAUCAGUUAAACAAUUACAAAAAAUAAGGCAUACGUUUUACGGCACCCUGUUCCCAAAAUUUAUGAACAAUGCACAAACGCACAAUAUGAAACAAGCUGUCCGGAGUAUUUCAGUCGAUUCACGGUGGUCCUCCACACGUUUUGUUAUCUCCACUUAUAAUUGAUUGUCAAAGGUGUCGUCAGUCUUCUUCCCUCGCUUGUGAACACAUCUGGAUCGACAAUCUCAAGUUACUCGCUGUGCACAGUGGAGGGAAGGGUGUUGUUGCUACGCACGAGCACCUGGAGCACAAAUUUCUGAUUACUCGAUGCUGCGAUGCCCGCGUCUGGGUCCUCUAUGAACCACCAGGCGUCAUUGAUGAGGCUUGGAAAAAUGCCUCCCUGUAGCACCCAUGGAAAGCUGUAAAACAAAACUGUAGUCGCCAGGCAGCCACACCAGCGCCGAUUGAAAUCGUCGACCAAGAUAUGGUAAAGCGGUAAGGUGAGAAAGCGCUUCGCGCCCAGAUGUGCCGGUCUGAAUGUACGCGUCCACAUGUCUGCUGCAUUACUGCGGGCGUUCUACUUCAGCUCCCACAAAUUGAAGCGCUCAGAGCUCCGUCACCUCUAACAGCUUGCGUCGUCAAUAAAGUUACUGGUUACAUUAAUUUCUUGGUCGAAUAGAUCCAACUGAACCUCAGUGAGU